AUCUGCCUUUGAACAAGGAUCAGAUAACAAUUCGAAACUUUUUUCCCUUGGUGGGGGUGAAGUGUUUUUUUUAAAAAAAACCUAAACACCUUUUUUCCUGGUGAAGAAGUGUGUAGGACAUCUGUCUACAUGGUCAUUCUGUAAAUUGCAACAAUACUGUACCAAAGGAUUUUUUUUUAUUCGUUCAAACUUCUAGUAUGAGCUGAAUUGGCUGUGAGAGCUAUUAGACUGUUACAGAAGAAGUCGCUAAGGAAAAAGAAUCAAACGUUAAGACAACCAAAGUGUAUUUGCACCAGAAAUUUCAGCAAGCAAAAUGUCAGAUAGGGUAAACUACUUGUCCUAUUUCUACGGUAGCAUCACGCGGGAGGAGGCUGAAGAUUUCCUCAAGCAGGCUGGAAUGGCUGAUGGCCUCUAUCUUUUACGUCAGAGUCGUAACUUCCUUGGAGGUUAUGCUUUGUCCCUGUCCAACGAUAAAACGUGCUACCACUAUACAAUCGAGAAACAGAUGAGUGGCCACUAUGCCAUAGCUGGAGGGAAGAAUCACAAUAGCCCAGUUGAUGUUUGUGAAUAUCAUGCCGAAAAUUCUGAUGGUCUCGUCUGUCUUCUGAAGAAACCGUGCAAUCGACCACAUGGAAUUCAACCAAAAGUUGGACCAUUUGAAGAUCUGAAGGAUCAGCUGAUCAGAGAAUAUGUUCAAAUGACAUGGAACUUGGAGGGGCAAGCUCUCGAACAGGCUAUCAUAAGCCAGAAGCCACAGCUGGAGAAAUUGAUUGCAACAACAGCCCACGAGCGAAUGCCCUGGUUCCACGGGAAGAAAUCUCGUGAAGAUAGUGAAGCCUGCAUGCUCAGAGGCCCCAGGACUAAUGGAAAAUUUCUAAUAAGAGAUCGUGAUAGCAAUGGUUCGUACGCCCUUUGCUUGCUCCAUGAGGGUAAACCAUACCAUUACCGGAUUGACAGGGACAAAACAGGCAAGCUUUCCAUUCAGGAUGGGAAAAAGUUUGACACCCUUUGGCAGAUGGUUGAUCAUUACUGUCACAAGUCAGACGGGCUGCUUCGAGUUCUCACUGAGCCCUGUUCCAAUCCUGAUCAUCCAGUUGAUACAUUUGGAUUGAUGCCAGCUCCCCCAGUUCCAAGUAACCAUCCUCGGCUUGAGGCAGUUGGUGGAAUAUUCUCAAGGAUCAAAUCCUCAUCCUUUCCAAAGCCUGGCUUCAAGAAGAAGCCCUCUUCAGUUGAUCGCUCUAAUAGUGCAAAAAACGUUAAUCCAUAUGUAUCCAGGCCCCAGAGAAUGCCCGGUGAGGCAGGUGAAGGUGCUCGGAGGGAUAUGCCUAUGGAUUCAAAUGUCUAUGAAAGUCCGUAUGCUGACCCUGAGGAACUGAAAGAAAAGACCCUGUAUUUGAAACAGGAUUCUCUUAUUUUGGAAGAAAAGGAACUGGGAUCUGGGAACUUUGGCACUGUAAAGAAAGGCAUCUAUAAAAUGAGAAAGAAAGACAUUAGUGUUGCAGUGAAGGUGCUGAAAAGCAAUGACCCUGCAGUAAAAGAUGAGCUAAUGAAGGAGGCGCACUUCAUGCAUCAGCUUGAUAAUCCUUACAUUGUCCGUAUGAUUGGCAUUUGUGAACGGGAAUGCUUGAUGCUGGUCAUGGAACUUGCAGAACAAGGUCAACUCAACAAAUUUCUACAAGCUCACAAGGAUGUUAUUACCAUCACCAAUGUAGUGGAAUUGGUCCAUCAGGUCUCCAUGGGUAUGAGGUAUCUUGAAGAGAAGAAUUAUGUUCACAGAGAUUUGGCUGCACGAAAUGUGCUCCUGGUAACUCAGCAUUAUGCCAAAAUCAGUGACUUUGGUCUAUCAAAGGCUAUAAACGCAGAAGAGAAUUACUACAAAGCUAAAACUACAGGUAAAUGGCCGCUCAAGUGGUACGCACCCGAAUCUAUCAAUUUCAGCAAGUUUUCCAGUAAGAGCGAUGUCUGGAGCUUCGGGGUCAUGAUGUGGGAGGCAUUUACCUUUGGUCAAAAGCCAUACAAAGGAAAGAAAAUCCAAGAAGUUUUACCAAUGCUUGAAAACAAUGAGAGACUGGAAUCUCCAGCCAGAUGUCCACCAGAAAUGUAUGAGCUGAUGAAAGACUGUUGGACAUUAAACGCUGCUGACCGCCCAGGAUUUGUUACAGUGGAGCACAGGUUGCGUGACUUCCACUACACCAUUUCGAAGGAGUAGAGUGCCCAACAGUAAUCUCAUGGAUACUCACCCCAAUUUGAAUUCUUUUUUCUCAUUCCCAUUUUAUAAUUUUUGCAGCUUUAUCUAUCAGAAUACUACCUUCUGCUGACUGUGAUCAGCCUCAUUAUACUUUCUGAAUAACUGGACAUGAAAUUGUAUUUAACAAAGACAUUAUCGCCAUGUCUGAAUGCAUAUAUAUUAGGCAUUCAUUGCACACACGCACGCAUACACUUAUUACCCUAUAGACUUCAGAUUUUAACUUGUCAUGGUCCAAAGCGUUCAUAUUCAAAGUAGAUUACUACAGUGAAAUGCUAUUUAUUAUUUUUCCUUGCUUAAACAAAGAAAUUCCAAAUUUAUCAAAUAACCAUUUUGUUGGGGGAUGAACCAUUCAAAAAUAAUUGCUGUUCAACUCUUGGCUGGUUAGGCUUAAUAAAGCGAGAAGACAAGACCUACGGACAGUGUGGUCUGGCAUUCCACAGUGAGAUGUGACCCAAUUAGUCCUCCUGCAGUAAAAAUAAAGCAGGGCUCAAAUUGCCUUUUUUUGGUCAGCUGGGUGUCAGACACAUGCGGAAACCCAUCC